UUUUGUAUACGUCAACUUUGUUAUUGAGGAGUUUGCGAGGAGUGUUUUACUCCACAAUGAGGGGUUUUACAACCUUUUCUUUUUGCAUUUUCCUUGUCGUGAACAGUGGAACAUCCUUGGGCGAUCUUCCGAAAGAAGAUCAUCACACCUUUGAAGUCUGGAACGAUGGCAAUGUGGAGAAAAGAUCGGAAUCGAGCAGUUCAAGUUCAUUUCACGUCAAAGUCGAAGAGUACGAGCAAAAGACAGACGAGAAGGGAACUCACGAAGUAACGAAGAUACGUGAACGAAAUAAACCGGCAGGAGGAAAUGAAACCUCCAGUAGCAAGACAAUUGAAGUAAUUCGCUAUCCAAAUGGAACUAUUCAUCGAAGGGUCAAGAACAACGGGCCAGGAAUGAAGGCUGAAUGUUUUAAGAACGAAGACUGCAGUGCAGAUAAAUUCUGCAACAAACUCAGAUUUCAGUGCCAACAGUGCGUUGAUGGUUUUGGAUGUUUUAACGAUGACCAGUGUUGUGGCAAAAAAGUGUGCAAAUUUGGAAAUUGUCAAGUUGAACCAGAGCGCACAGGUCUUGUCGGGUCACCAUGUGAUGAGGACAGCCAGUGCAAUGCAGGCCUUUUCUGCUUGGUCCAUGUAUUUGAAGGGGGAAAGUGCCAGGAACUAAGGAAGGAUGGAGAAUCAUGUACUAAGGGAAUUUUAUCAAGAGACUCACCUAAAUGUGCUGAGGGUCUACAGUGCAUGAAGACUGGGUUUUUCUCACAAAGGUGCUUGAAAGAAGGAAGUGUUGAGGACAAGACUCCAGUGGAUUCACCUUUUGAUUUGUUCAACAAUAACAACUUCUUCCAUUGGAAAAAAUAGAACUGAUCAACCAUCUUUCAGCUCGUGAAAUCGAAGAUCCUAGAGUUUAGAAAUUCUAUGUGCAGGGUCAUUUAGAUGUUAGACAAGAAAAAAAUAGACAAGAAACUUAGUUUACUAGUUACUGCUUAGGAUUUGGGGAUCCGAUUUACUGAGUAAGUGAUGUGUGUUUUUUAAGCAGUGGCAAGUCGUUGGAUUCAUUUGGUAUUUCGAUGUGCUAUUUGGCAUAAGAUUUGCAUCCACUGACUUUUGUUAUAUUUAUUAAAGCCUUUAACUUGUAGAAAAUUAUGCUGUCAUGUGUAUAAAGUAAGUCUUAAUCAAGAGCAUUGUUAUACAAAUAGAAAAUUGGUAUUUAUUGUGGGCUUACCUUAGCUCAGCUGUAAUGGUGACACAUUGAGUCCAAUUGUAACCUGGAUUUAAGGUGUUGGUACAUGUAGUAAAUGGCGUUAGUGGAUCUGUUGUUCUAUCUAAUGAACCUGCAAAAUUGUUGUA